AUGCAAAUCUUCGUCAAAACACUCACAGGCAAAACAAUUACACUUGAAGUUGAAGGUACGGAUACAGUUGAAAAUGUCAAGGCUAAAAUACAAGAGAAGGAAGGCAUUCCACCAGACCAACAACGUUUGAUUUUUGCUGGAAAACAACUUGAAGAUGGUCGAACUCUUUCGGAUUACAACAUCCAAAAAGAGUCAACACUUCAUUUAGUUCUUCGUCUUCGUGGUGGUCAAUAA